AUGAGCGCUGCAUUUCGCGUGCCGCUGCGGGCCUUCGCCAAUCCCGCCACGGCCAUUCGACAAACAUCAACAAUCUCGAUCGCGAGCCCUGCGCUCUCUUUCAGCGCAACACGCUCGCUCCCCUCACUCUCGAGAUCGAUUGCUUCCAAGGUAUGGAGUCGUCAUACCGCUGAAGCACACCCGCAAACUACUUCGUUCACCCGGUGUUUUUCGACAAGAACUUCGCCUCUCGGGUCCGCGGGGGAGAAUGGGACUAAUAACGAGGGCGUGAAACCAAAGCCUGUCCAGUCGCAGAGCAGGAAACCGAUUGCGCUUUUGGUUGUUCUGGGUCUGCUUGCUGUUGGUGCAGCUGUAUACUCUGAGGAACUCAAGCAUGGAUAUGGCGCGGCGCGGAGAAGUGGUCGCGUGGUUGGUACACUGGCCGUUUGCAUUAAUGACUAUCGCGUGACUCUCAACAAAGAUACCUCAACCCCCGAAGAGCGAGACGAGUUGAUCCGCGCUUGCCACAAACGCUGCGCGGAGCGUACCUUGCGAGUCCUAGAAAAGAAUGGCUCGAUCUUCAUCAAACUGGGCCAACAUCUCAGUAGCAUGGGCUACUUGCUCCCCAUCGAAUGGACUACAACCUUUAUUCCGCUCCAGGACAAAUGUCCCGUGUCGUCGAUCGAGUCGAUCGAACGGAUGUUCGUUCAGGAUACCGGCCAAAAUAUUGAUGAGCUUUUCAGCUAUUUUGAUCCCGAGCCUACUGGUGCUGCUUCCUUAGCACAGGUUCACGUCGCUACGCUGAAGGAAACCGGUCAAAAGGUUGCAGUCAAGGUGCAGCACCCUGCUCUAGCUGAGUGGGUACCUCUGGAUCUAGCAUUGACCAGAUUUACGUUUUCUAUGCUGAAGCGUUUUUUCCCGGAAUAUGAUCUGGAAUGGCUCUCCCGGGAGAUGGACCUGUCUUUGCCAGUUGAGCUGGACUUCCGCAUGGAGGCUCAGAACGCUACUAUUGCCAGUGAUUACUUCAAGAAGCACUCCGAUGUCCCAUUAGUUAUCCCCGAAGUUAUGUGGUCUCAAGAGCGCAUUCUAGUCAUGGAAUUCAUCGCCGGACGACGCCCCGAUGACUUAGAAUUCCUUGACACGAACAACAUCGACCGCGACGAAGUCUCCGCCGCCUUCGCUCACAUCUUCAACGAGAUGAUCUUCGGCGAUGACGCCCCGCUACACUGCGACCCGCAUGGCGGCAACAUCGCCAUUCGCCUCAACCCUAACAGCCGCCACCCAAACUUCGAAAUCAUCCUCUACGACCAUGGCCUCUACCGUACCAUCGACCGGGACCUACGACGCAACUAUGCCAAGCUAUGGUUGGCAGUCAUUGAUGCUGACGUACCCCGCAUGCGCGAGUAUGCGUAUAAGGUCGCCGGCGUCACGGACGAGCAGUUCCCACUCUUCGCAAGCGCAAUCACGGGCCGUGACUAUAGCGUCCUGACAAAGAAGAAUGUUGCGUCUAUCCGUACAGCCGAUGAGAAGAAGGAGAUCUCCGGUGCUCUUGGCGAGGGUAUGUUACAGCAGUUGGUAGUGUUGCUGGGCCAGGUUCCUCGAAUUAUCCUGCUCAUCCUCAAGACGAAUGAUUUGAUCUCAGACGAGAAUCUGCAUACCCGCUCCGGGCCAAUGCGCACAUUUCUCAUUCUAGCCCGGUACGCCACUCGCACCGUCUUCGAGGAACAAAUGGAGACUAUUGGCGCUUCCGGCGGCGUGUUCUUGAAUUUUUUCCGCUAUCUUUCUGCUUGGGUCGGUUUCUUGCGGGUCGAAGUCAAGCUUUCUGUUUACGAGACCGUUCUCUCGAUGAAGAGCCGGUUCGGACUGCGAACUGGUUGA